UGUUAGGUGUUUCAUAUGCUUGCUUGUUGGGUUGAAGAUCCAGAGAGUGAUUACUUUAAAAAACAUCUUGCUCGAGUCCCUGGUUAUGUAUGGAUUGCAGAGGACGGCCUCAAAAUCCAGACUUUUGGUAGCCAAAUAUGGGACGCAGCUUUCGUGCUACAAGUCAUGUUAGCUGCUGAUGUUGACGAGGAGAUUAAAUCAACGCUCAUAAAAGGGUACUCUUUCUUGAGGAAUUCUCAGUUUACAGAAGACCCUCCUGGUGACUAUGUCAAAAUGUUCAGAGAUCGAUCUAAAGGAGGGUGGGGUUUUUCAGACAAAGAUCAAGGAUGGUUUGUCUCAGAUUGUACUGCUGAAAGUUUAGAGUGUUGUCUAAUCUUUGAAAGCAUGCCAUCCGAGUUCAUUGGUGAGAAAAUGGAUGUGGAGAGGCUUUAUGAAGCUGUCGAUAUGCUUCUGUAUAUGCAGAGCAAAAAUGGAGGCAUAAGCAUAUGGGAGGUAGCGAAUGGGAAAAAAUGGCUUGAGUGGCUUAGUCCCAUAGAGUUUAUUGAGGACACAAUUGUCGAGCAUGAGUAUCUAGAAUGCACCGGGUCAGCGGUAGUAGUGUUGGUACGCUUCUUGAAACAUCAUCCAGAGUACAGAAAAAAAGAAGUAGAAAGGGCUAUAACGAAGGGAGUGGAAUACAUCGAAAGCAUGCAACUAGCGGAUGGGUCAUGGUUUGGAAACUGGGGAGUAUGCUUCAUUCCUGGGACCUUCUUUGCUGUACGAGGUCUAGUGGCUGCUGGCAUGACUUACGGAAACAGCGAGGCAAUUCGUAGAGCGGUUCAAUUCAUUCUUGGGACACAAAACAUUGAAGGUGGUUGGGGAGAGAGUUAUCUAUCUUGCCCAAAGAAGAAAUAUAUUCCUUUGGAAGGGAACAAGAGCAAUAUGGUGAAUACAGGACAAGCAUUGAUAAUUUUAAUACUGAGUGGUCAGAUGGAGCGAGACCCUUCACCAGUUCAUCGUGGUGCGAAAGUCUUAAUAAAUUCACAGAUGGAUAACGGUGAUUUCCCACAAGAGGACAUUAGAGGAGUGUACAAGAAUAAUGUUCUGCUACAUUAUCCGACAUAUAGAAACAUUUUCGGUCUUUGGGCACUGAUAUAUUACACAAAGGCUCUACGCUUGCUCCUCUAAAUUCCGAUGACGACUCACAUCUGAAACUCAUCAGCUCUUCUUCAUUUUCUCUUCUUUUCCAUACAAAAACAAUAAAAGAGGUUCUUGUAUAAAAUAUUUGUUCUUCGUCUGCAUAAUUCAAGAAAACAUAACGAAAAUAAUAUAUAAGCCUACGAAAAAAUACCAAAGAUGUAAUUUUCCGCUAAAAGAUAUGUUUGUAUUUUUCUAUUUCACAUGUGAUCGCACAACAAGAAAUUACUCAUUCGGUGAUAACAAGAUCGAUGGUUAUUUUCUC